CUUUAAAUUACAAAACCUUAAAUAAUUCUGACACAAGUACCACUGGACAAACUCAAACACAUAAGAAAUUUGUGUACAUCUAAAUGGAAUAAAAAACACAAACAACUCAUAAAAAACGGUAUAAAAAAACUAAAAAAAAAAAAAUAAAAUAUUACUCAACUGAAACCCAUCUAAAGGUUUAAACAUGGAAGGCAUGGUCGAUGCUUAAAGCAGGCAUAAUAACAAGGGUCCCCAACCCUCACAAAUGAAAGCCAAAACAAGCUGGCACUUUGAUAAACAGCCCAUCCAUGUACCACCCCCUCCAUCUGUUUCCAGCUCACCCAAAAUAAUCUCAACUCAGCUCUAUGAGUUAUAUAAAACCCCUCCAUAAACCUCCUCUCUACUUUCAAUACUCACUGCCACCACUAAACACAGUACAAUUUUCUCUUUUGCUUCAUGGCCACCUUCUUUACUUUGUUAGCCUGUUCUUUCUUGGCAGUGGCCACUGCUGGUAGCUUCUACCAGGACUUCGACAUUACCUGGGGUGAUAAAAGAGCUAAUAUCCUCAACAAUGGCCAGCUUCUUACCCUUUCUCUUGACAGGGUUUCGGGUUCUGGUUUCCAGUCUAAGCAUGAGUACCUCUUUGGCAAGAUCGACAUGCAGCUCAAGCUCGUUGCAGGGAACUCUGCUGGAACCGUCACUGCUUACUAUCUUUCUUCGCAAGGACCGACACAUGAUGAGAUUGACUUUGAGUUCCUUGGGAAUCUUAGCGGAGAUCCAUAUACAUUGCAUACCAAUGUGUUCAGUCAGGGAAAGGGAAACAGAGAGCAGCAGUUCCGUCUCUGGUUCAACCCGACAAAGGAUUUCCAUACCUAUUCCAUUCUCUGGAAUCCCAAACAUAUCAUUUUCUCGGUUGAUGGUAUUCCAAUUAGAGACUUCAAGAACUUUGAGUCUGGAGGUGUUGCUUUCCCGAAGAACCAACCGAUGAGGAUUUAUUCGAGUCUCUGGGACGCUGAGGACUGGGCCACGAGAGGAGGGCUGGUGAAAACUGACUGGAAUAAAGCUCCCUUCACAGCCUCAUACCGAAACUUCACUGCUGAUGCUUGUGUUUGGUCAUCUGGCGCCUCAAGCUGCAGAUCAGAGAAGCUGAAGACACGCUCAUCGUCAAAUGCUGCAUGGCUGAAUCAGGAAUUAGAUUUGACAAGCCAAGAAAGAAUGAAAUGGGUGCAGAAGAACUACAUGAUAUACAACUACUGCACUGACCUCAAGCGUUUUCCUCAAGGCCUGCCUCCAGAGUGCUCCAUAGCUUGAAGAGUUCAAUGCUAGCAAAUCAA